GCAGGCACUGACACUACAGAAAGCUGUUCAAACAUCACAACUACAGAAGCAGCCAUCGUGUCGCUGUGUUUCUAAGCAUGCAUGAUGAAGUUCGCACCGAGGCCAUCCUUCAGCACAUGUUCAGCAGCGGCAAGGUCUGUUUCAUCCCCAGGUACCAGAGCGACAGCAACCACAUGGACAUGCUACAGCUGAACAGCAUGGAGGACUUGAACUCGCUGCCCAUCACCAGCUGGAAUAUCCGGCAGCCCGCUGACAAUGACACGCAGAGAGAGGAAGCUCUCGCUACAGGUGGCUUAGACCUGAUCCUGAUGCCUGGACUGGGCUUUGAUAAAAAUGGCAAUCGUUUAGGGCGAGGUAAAGGCUUCUACGACUUGUACCUUCAGCGCUGUAUGAGACAUUCUAAAGGCAAACCCUACACCAUUGCACUAGCUUUUAAAGAGCAGCUGUGUGAGCAGAUUCCUGUCGACGACACCGACAUACUUAUUGAUGAAGUUCUCUGUGAGGAUGUUUGAGCAGGGGGAAAAAAGAUCCAUCUCAAAAUUCAUCAAUCCAUCCAUUUUCUAUACCACUUAUCCUACAUUGGAGCAUAUCCCAGGGAACUUGGGGCACAACCCAGGGAGCAGGGUGCCAACCCAUCACAGGGGACAAUCUCACACGCAUUCACAAACCCAUUGACUCACUACAGACAACUUGAAAAUGCCAAUCAGCCUACAAUGUAUGUCUUUGGACUGGGGGAGGAAACUGGAGUACCUGGAGGAAACCCCCGAAGCACGGGGAGAACUUGUAAGCUCCUCGCACACAGGGCGGAGGCAGAUUUCGAACCCCCCAACCCCUGGAGGUGUGAGGCAGAUGUGCUAAUGUCAAAAUCAAAAGAGUUUACUUAAUAUGAUUCACAGAAAGUUAUGAAAUGCUAAAGAUAAGUGGGUGAAGAAAUUCCAGCUUUUUCCACCACUUAAGUCAAAUGAAAGUGAAACUCCUCUUGAUUAAGAUGAAAUUAUUAACAGAUGAAAUGUUUUAUAUGUUGUGAAGUGUAAAAAUCUACCUCUUAAUCUGAAUCUCAAUAAAAUAAACAAUCCCUUGCAUAAAAGCUA